CCAUAGGUAACCAGUAGGAUGGUGGCCGGUGAAGCAAGUGGACACAGCUACCUAGUGGCUUGCUGGCAGCCCAUCCUGAUUCUGAUGCUGGGCACAGUGCUGUCAGGCUCCACUACAGGCUGCCCAUCUCGCUGUGAGUGCAAUCCCCAGGAACGCUCAGUUGUGUGCCACCGUAAGAAACUUAUGUCAGUCCCUGAGGGUAUCCCCCUGGAGACUCGGCUUCUGGACCUCAGCAAGAAUCGGAUCAAGACCAUCAAUCCAGAUGAGUUUGCCAACUUCCCAAACUUGGAGGAGCUGGAGCUCAAUGAGAACACAAUUUCUGUUAUUGAACCUGGGGCUUUUAACAACCUAUAUGGACUGCGGACUCUGGGGUUGCGAAGCAACAAGCUAAAACUCAUCCAGCUAGGUGUUUUUACAGGCCUUAGCAACCUCACUCAGUUGGACAUCAGUGAAAACAAGAUAGUCAUUCUGUUGGACUAUAUGUUUCAGGACCUUUACAAUCUUCGGUCUCUGGAGGUGGGUGAUAAUGAUCUAGUAUUCAUCUCCCAUAGGGCUUUCCAUGGCCUCAGCAGUUUGGAGCAACUCACUCUUGAGAAGUGCAACCUGACCUCUGUCCCAACAGAGGCCUUCACCCACCUCCACAGUCUGAUAAAAUUAAGGUUGCGUAAUCUCAACAUCAACAGCAUCAGGGAUUUCUCCUUCAAGAGGCUUUACCGACUCAAAGUGCUAGAGAUAGCUAACUGGCCCUACCUUGACACAAUGACCACCAAUUGCUUGUAUGGGUUGAAUCUUACUUCCUUAACCAUCACAAAUGGCAACCUGACGUCUAUUCCUUACCUGGCACUUCGGCACCAGGUCUACCUGCGUUUCCUGAACAUGUCAUACAACCCUAUUGUCACUAUUGAAGGGAACAAGCUCCAUGACCUCCUCAGGCUUCAGGAGCUUCAUUUGGUUGGCUGUAGGCUGGCUAUGAUCGAGCCCUAUUCUUUCCGAGGUCUGAACUACCUAAAGAUCCUUAAUGUGUCUGGAAAUGCCCUGACCACCUUGGAGGAAUCAGCCUUCCACUCUGUGGGAAACCUGGAAACUCUAGCCCUUCACGACAACCCCUUAGCCUGUGACUGCCGACUUCUAUGGGUGUUUCGUCGCCGCUGGAGGCUCAACUUCAAUCGACAACAGCCCACUUGUGCUUCUCCAGAGUUUGUACAGGGCAAAGAGUUCAAAGAUUUCCCUGACAUUUUGCAGCCAAACUACUUCACCUGUCGCAAGUCCAGGAUCCGGGACCGUAAAGCUCAACAAAAAUUUGUGGAUGAGGGUACUACUGUAAACUUUUUAUGCCAGGCAGAUGGUGAUCCAGCACCUGUUAUAAUGUGGCUCUCACCACAGAAGCAGUUCAUCACCACCAAGACAAUCGGUCGGCUUACAGUGUUCCCAGAUGGUACCCUUGAGGUGCGCUAUGCUCAGAUCCAGGACAAUGGGACAUAUGUGUGUAUUGCUAGCAACGCAGGUGGAAAUGAUACUGCCCUGGCCCACUUGCAUGUCCACAGCUAUUCACCUGACUGGCCCCAUCAGCCCAACAAAACCUUUGCAUUUAUAUCAAACCAGCCAAAUGACAAUGGUGCCAAUGGAACGCGAGCCACUGCCUCUUUCCCUUUUGACAUAAAGACCUUGAUCAUUGCUACUACUAUGGGAUUCAUUUCCUUCCUUGGUGUUGUCCUCUUCUGUCUGGUGCUGCUCUUUUUGUGGAGCAGAGGUAAAGGGAAUACCAAGCACAACAUUGAAAUUGAAUAUGUUCCACGCAAGUCGGACGCUGGGAUAAGCAGCACCGCUGUAGAUGCUCCUCGUAAAUUUAAUAUGAAAAUGAUUUAA